UGUCCUGAUGAUGAAUAAUGGGAUAGAGAAGAAAAAUUGAAAUGCACUAGCUAGGAUGUGUAUGCAUAUAUACAUAGAGAGGAGCAGUGAAAAGGACUAUGUAUAUGUGAUGUAAGAGAUAUAGCAUAAGUUUCAAAGAAUAAAACAAUAGAUGUGGGGUUGAGUCUAUCUCAACUUAGAUUGCAAAAACCCUAAUGAUAGAUACUGAUAGCAACCGUUCGUUGAAGCAAGUCUAAGUCCCCUGGGUAGAAUUUAACACCCCAGAAAGGAGGCAUUGAACAUGCCCCCCUCCUUUUAGCACAAUAACAACGCAAAUUGUUCACGUACCCUAUAUAAAUGCCUUCUUUCAUUCUUAGGGCAAACUUUAAUGCUCAAACAUGUGUGCUUUGCCACCCUUUGUUGGCAAAACCAUUUUUCUUUUCCAUUAUUUCAAUAUCAACCUCAGCUCUAGGGCAAAAGAAACUAUAUAGAGCCAGAAAAAGUAUAUAUAAUUCUUUGGGCUUACUUCCCUAAGUUUCCAAACUAGAUUGGAAUAAUUAGUAGUAAACACUUGUGAUUAAGCGAGCCUUCAAUUCCCACACUCACCCACUCUUUUUAAAGUCACGAGACCCACUGUCCCAUUGUUCGUUCAAUUGUGUGUGUGGCGUGGCAGAGGAAUUGAUAGAGAACUUUCAAAGCUCUUUAUCUUCUACCAUCACUCAACUAGCCUCUAUAUCGCAGUUCCAAACUGAAAGUGUGUCUCGCAAAAGCUUUUAGUUCUAUCUUCCCUUCAUCUGAAAGAAAGAAAGAAAAGAGGAGUGCUGGCUGGCUGGCUUGCCCCUCAUAUUUAUAUAUAUUUUCUGUCUCUCUCUGCGUGUCGGUACCAUGAGACCAGACCUUAACAAUUUGCCUGAUGACUACAAUAGAGAUCAUGGCAAACAACUCCUCCAAGACACCUUCUCUCCCGGUUGCAGGAAAAAGAAAAGCGGAAAAGAGGAGUGUGGGAAGGUGUAUGAGUGUAGAUUUUGUUCCCUCAAGUUCUGCAAGUCCCAGGCUCUUGGGGGACACAUGAACCGCCACCGCCAAGAGAGGGAAACAGAGACGCUGAACCAUGCCCGUCAGCUGGUGUUUCGUAACGAUCAUCAUCAACCUCCACCUCACUUAGGGUAUGUUUGUCAUUUCCAUUAUUUCCUUCUUCCUCUCCUUAAUUCAUCUUUUGAAUUCAGAUGCUGUCAAGACCCAACUCUCAGAUUCCCAAGAUACUUCUCUGCGUCAUCCACGUCAUCAACCGCUGCAGCAUCUCAUCAUCAGCCCUAUCUAUACGCUUCACCAUCCAGGCCACCGCCGGUCUCCUUCCCGGGGGCUCCUCACGAUUACUACGUGGACCAUGUCCUCAGCACCGCAGAGUCAUCAGCAGGAGCAGGAGGAGGCAGUUACACGUGCAUAGGUGCACCGGUGGUGGGACAAGCAGGGAAGGAGAGGGAGCAGGAAGGGUCGCUGAAUUGGGGAAGAUCAUCAUCAACAUCGGGAUCACAGCCUCAUCAUCGUUUGGAUCCUCCUUCAGCGAUCAAUCGGUUUCAAGAUGGGUUCUAAUAUAAUAUAUAUGAGAUGAGAUGAGAUUCUUUGUUUAUUAUAUAUAUUUGAGUAAGUGAUGAUUAUGAAAUAGAGUUGUAGUAUGCUAUGCUAUGCUAUGCAGUAUGAGAAUGAGAGAGAGACAUAACAAGACAGAUGGGGUCAUGACUCAUGAGUGAGAAGAGAGAGAAAGUUAUCACUACUUUGUUUCGUUUGCUUUUCUUUUCUUUUCUUUAUCUCAACAGUGACUUGGCUGCAGCUUUUGAGCUCAUGUACACGCUCAGCUACUUUGGCUUCUUCGUUUUCCUCUUCUCUUCUUCUCCUCCUUCUCCUUCUCCUUCUUUCCAACUUUAACAACUAACUAAUAAACCAUUGUAUGUAUAGCCUUAUUAUUAUAUUCAUUGAAUGUGUGUGUUGCCCU